AUGCUGGCCAUUCGAUCAGUCGCUGCCCCUGCGCGGCGCCAAUUCCUCGCUGGGGCUCCCCGCGCAACCGUCACCUUGUCCUUGCAUAACCAGAGAUACUACUCAGCGAAGCACGACAAGGUUGCAAAGUUUACCGGAGUGAAGGACGCCAGUGGCAACUACCCCGUCAGUCUGAUCGAGGGUGACGGUAUCGGACCCGAGAUUUCACAGGCCGUCAAGGACAUCUUCGCUGCCGCAAAGGCGCCAAUUGCCUGGGAGCCUGUCGAUGUCACCCCUAUCCUGAAGGAUGGCAAGACCGCCAUUCCCGACGCCGCUAUCGAGAGCAUCCAGAGGAAUAAGGUGGCCCUAAAGGGUCCCCUGGCCACCCCCAUUGGCAAGGGCCAUGUCUCCCUAAACCUGACUCUACGAAGGACAUUCAACCUCUUUGCAAACCUGCGACCCUGCCGAUCAGUAGCCGGCUUCAAGACACCUUACGACAAUGUUGACACUGUUCUGAUCCGAGAAAACACCGAGGGAGAGUACUCCGGUAUCGAGCACGUGGUUGUGGACGGUGUCGUGCAGAGCAUCAAGCUCAUCACAAAGGAGGCCAGCGAGCGUGUGCUGAGAUUCGCCUUCCAACAGGCUGAGGAGAUUGGCCGUAAGAAGGUCCGCGUGGUACACAAGGCCACCAUCAUGAAGAUGAGCGACGGUCUCUUCCUCACAGUUGGCAAAGAGGUUGCCAAGGACUUCCCCGGAAUCGAGUUCGAUGCCGAGCUGCUCGACAACACCUGCCUGAAGAUGGUCACCGAUCCCCUCCCCUACAACGACAAGGUCCUGGUUAUGCCCAACUUGUACGGUGACAUUCUGUCCGACAUGUGCGCCGGUCUAAUCGGUGGUCUUGGUCUGACUCCCUCCGGCAACAUCGGCGACGAGUGCUCCAUUUUCGAGGCCGUCCAUGGUUCCGCCCCAGAUAUCGCUGGCAAGGGCCUGGCUAACCCCACCGCUCUGCUGCUCAGCUCCAUGAUGAUGCUGAGGCACAUGGGUCUAGGCGAGUAUGCCGACAGAAUUGAGAAGGCUGCGUUCGAUACCCUCGCGGAAGGAAAGGCCCUCACGGGUGACUUGGGCGGAAAGGCGAAGACUCACGAGUACGCUGCUGCCAUUAUCGGAAAGUUGUAG